AUGGCUGCUCCCGAUAGUUACCUCCCUCCAAGUCUUCCAGAAGAAAAAAUCUUGCAAUUGAUACGGACUCUGGAUCUGCCCACCCCAAAGAAAAUUGAGCCCCUUCAAGUUACAGCGGCUUUCCAUUCUAUAUACUUAAUCCAUUUCACUUCCCACGAUGCAUCGUCCAUCCCCGCACGGGCAGAGCCGGAUGGAACCGUCAUUCUCGUACUAAGAGUAUCUGGACGUCAAAUCCCAGAAAUCAAAACUAAGAACGAAGUGGGUGUGAUGACUUGGAUCCAUGAAAACACCAAGAUCCCAGUUCCACGAGUCAUACGAUACAGCGCUUCGGAGGAUAACCCCAUCGGUUAUGAGUUUACCUUGCUUGAGAAAGCUCACGGCGUCAGCGUGGACAAAGUAUAUCCAUCGCUGACAAUGGAAACCAAGCUGAAGCUGAUUCACCAACUCACCGACUACCUAGUUGAACUGCACUCCCAUUCCUGGUCCUCGCCCUACGUUGGGGGUCUUGCGUUGCAAAACGGAAAAGUCAUCGCUGGGCCCCCGAUCGAGGAGAACUUCUGGCAGACUCCAGACCUAGCGAAGUACUGGAGUGGGACGCAAGAAACACUGGAGUCACUCAACCCUACCAAUGGCGAAGGGUAUCAGGGUUUUGUUGCGUAUAACAUCGCAUGUUUACAGCGGUAUAUCCAUGCUAUACAGGUUCAUCCAGCGCUUAUCUCCUUCCGCGAUAUGAUCCCCCGUAUCAACGCUUUCGUAUCUGCUCUGGACUCUCCUGAAUAUGCAGAAGAGCUAAAUCGAGUCACAUAUGUGCUGGCGCAUAAGGAUAUGCACUUUGCCAACAUAGUCUGUGACCUUGAUGACCGUGAAUGGCCCAUCACGGCCGUGCUGGACUGGGAAUUCUCCGGCGUGGUUGCAGCCCCACGCUGGAACCCGCCCCGGGCAUUUCUAUGGAAUGGGAGGCACGAGCCAGAAGAUAAGGAGGAACGGAAUAAUCUUGAGGAAAGAUUUGAGAAUAUUUGCCUUGAGCAGGGAGGAGGACGCAUGCUCGAGCAAAUGAAACUGAAUCCGCUGCAAGACUCGAUGCAAACGGCCGUCAAUUAUAUCAGGGCAAUUGUAGAGGUUUGUCCCCGGGGGCAGGCAGCAGAUAAAGUGACUGGGUGGCGGCAAGUUGCCGAAGAUGCAAUGAGUGCUUUCGUGUCUGACGGUGAUUUGGUAUAA